AAGAUGUCUUUUAAGAAGGAAACACCCCUGGCUAAUGCUGUGUUUUGGGCAGCGAGGAAGGGGAACUUGGCACUGCUGCAGCUGCUCCUCAACAGUGGCCGUGUGGACGCAGACUGCAGAGACAGUUAUGGAACAACGGCGCUGAUGGUGGCAUCAUACAGUGGCCAUUAUGAUUGUGUCAAAGAGCUUAUCAUGCAAGGAGCUGACAUCAACUACCAGAGAGAGACAGGUUCUACCGCUCUGUUCUUCGCUUCCCAGCAGGGACACAAUGAGGUUGUCAAGCUUCUCUUUGAAUUCGGUGCCUCGACUGAAUUCCAGACAAAGGAUGGUGGCACAGCUCUAACAGUGGCCUCUCAGUACGGACACUCUAAAGUGGUGAACACGCUGCUGAAAAACGGAGCCAACGUUCACGACCAGCUGAAUGAUGGUGCCACCUCUCUUUUUCUCGCUGCCCAAGAGGGUCAUGUGACUGUGAUUCGUCAGCUGUUGUCAUCCGGUGCCAAGGUUAACCAGCCGAGGGAGGAUGGCACUGCCCCCCUGUGGAUGGCGGCUCAGAUGGGUCACAAUGAAGCAGUAAAGGUGCUUCUCCUACGCGGUGCUGAUCGAGAUGCUGACAGACAAGAUGGAUCAACAGCGUUAUUUAAAGCAGCUAUAAAGGGACACGACAGCGUCAUCGAGGAACUCCUCAAGUUUUCUCCUUCACUUGGCCUUCUCAAGAAUGGCUCGACUGCUCUUCAUGCUGCUGUUAUGGGAGGAAAUCAUCGUACUGUUCUGCUGCUGCUCGGGGCCAAUGCGGACCCCUCACUGCCCAACAAGAAUAAUGAACUCCCGGCAGAUCUAACAAAAAAUGAUCGCAUCUUAAGAGUUUUAAACCCAAAAAUGUUAAAUGGUGACAGCUGA